AUGGUGGCCUUCCAGGCCCAAGAUGCAAAGAAUCAGAGAGACAAAUACAUAGAUGAACUAUGGAUUUCCAAAGAACAAGAAACAUCAUUAAAGAGCCAACUUGCAGAGUUACAGAAAGAAAGGGAUGAAUUGCAGAUGGAGCGUGAUCAUGCACUAAAAGAAGCUAAAGGGCUAAAGAGAAAAGAAGAGGACUCAAAUGGACACAUGCUCGAGCUGCCUGAAUUCUCCCUUUCUAAAAUUGAAGAAGCUACUCAAGGAUUUAAUGAAUCCCAGAAAAUUGGACAAGGAGGAUAUGGCAACAUUUAUAUAGGUCUCCUACAAACUAAGGUAGCUAUAAAGAAGUUGCAUUCUCAUGGCUCCCAAGAGUUCCAAAUGGAGGUUAAUGUAUUGGGUCAGUUGAGGCACCCCAAUCUUGUGAAACUCAUUGGAUCUUGCCCUGAAGCUUUUGCACUCAUCUAUGAAUAUCUUCCUAAUGGAAGCCUUGAAGAUCGACUCAAUUGCAAGGACAACAGUCCUCCAUUGUCAUGGCAAACUCGACUACGGAUUGCCAUAGAGUUAUGCUCUGUCCUCGUGUAUCUUCAUUCCAGUACUCGACCUUGCACCAUAGUGCAUGCAGAUUUGAAGCCAACCAAUAUUCUCCUUGAUUCCAACUAUGUAUGUAAACUUAGUGACUUUGGAAUUUGCCGCGUGUUAAGCCGCAAUCAAAGUUCAAGUGACAGUGUAACACUGAGUCAUAACACUGUCCCAAAGGGAACUUUGCCUUACUUAGAUCCUGAAUUUCUUCAAAGAGGAGUUCUUACAGUGAAGUCAGAUGUUUACUCCUUUGGAAUCAUUUUACUGCAAUUGUUGACAGGGAAAUCACCACCCUACUCUAUAGUAGAUGAAGUCAACUCUGCCUUACUUGCAGGCAAUUUUGAAUCCCUUUUGGAUCCUUCGGCUGGACGUUGGCCAUUGGAGGUUGCUCAAUCUUUGGCUGAAUUGGCACUGAUGUGUUCUGACAAUAACAGAAAAAGGAGACCAGAUCUUGGGACAGGUGUCUUGGAGCUACUCGAAUCAUUAAGGGAUCCAACAGGAGGUACUUGA